UCCCUCAGCGGGGUCAGCACCAAGAGCCUCACUUCUGCUUGCCUGCCUCAGUUUCCCUGACCCCAGCUGGCACAAGGGGUGACACUGGGAGCUCCUGGAGCGGCACAGCAGGGGAUGCUGUAAGGAUGGACUGACAGAGCCCCAGCAGUUUCUUCUCCACCCAAAGGCUGAGGGGCUCAGCCUGCAGGGAAGGAGCCGUUUUUGGACACAAAUUUCCCUCUGGCUGCGGUGAGGGGAGAGGAGCUGCCGCGGCGGCGGAUCGAACCCGCUCCUGGAGGGGAAAAUACCGCUUUGGUUUGGUGUCUAAUUAGAUAUUUACCAGGAAGGAAGGAAAGAUAUAAAUAGAGUGACAGUGACUUCAAAGGGUGUUUUUUGACUUCUAAGAAUAACACCUUUGCUGGCGCCGAUUUCGGGAAUAUCGGCUGUGCCUGGGUGUGAAAGACGGAGGAGGUGUCGCAGCUCGGUCGGCAGCCAAGGGAGCAAACCCAGACCCCAGCCCCCGUCCGGCCCCACGGGACCAGCUGAGGAAGGGACAGAGCCCGUGGAAAGCUCAGCUGCAUCCGCAGGAACACAGCAGGGGGAGUUUGGGGAACACCGCCGGUGCUGCAACGCGGGCAGGAGGGGACGUGUGGUGCCAUGGGGACCCCAUCCCCAUCCCCAUGGGCGGUGCUGGCGCUCACCCUGGCUCUGGUGGGACUCUGGGCUCCCUGUGUGGUGAGCAGGCAGCCCAACUUCAUCGUCAUCCUGGCUGAUGAUGUGGGCUGGGGGGAUCUGGGAGCCAACUGGGCGAAGACGAAGGAGACCCCGCAUUUGGAUCAGUUGGCUGCCGAAGGAACAAGGUUCGUGGAUUUCCACUCCGCUGCAUCCACGUGCUCCCCGUCCCGCGCCUCGCUGCUCACGGGGCGCCUGGGGGUGCGCAACGGGGUCACCCACAACUUCGCCAUCAGCUCACUCGGGGGCCUCCCCCUCAAUGAGACCACCCUGGCCGAGGUCCUGCGGGAGGCUGGCUACAGCACCGGGGCUAUAGGCAAGUGGCACCUGGGGCACCACGGCCGCCAUCACCCCAACUCCCGCGGCUUCGACUACUACUUUGGGAUCCCCUACAGCCACGACAUGGGCUGCACCGACAGCCCUGGCUACAACCUGCCGCCCUGCCCGCCCUGCGUGCGGCACGGCACCGCCGCCAGGGUGGCGAGGAAGGACUGCUACACAGAGGUUGCCCUGCCUCUCUUCGAGAACAUCACCAUCGUGCAGCAGCCCGUGGAGCUGGGCAGCCUGGCCAGGCGCUACACGGAGGAGGCGGUGCGGUUCAUCCAGAGGGCCAGUGACAGCGGCCGUCCCUUCUUCCUCUACCUGGCCCUGGCCCACAUGCACGUCCCGCUGACCCCCCCGCUGCCCCCCGCUCCGGGCAGGAGCAUCUACGGAGCCUCCCUGAGCGAGAUGGAUGCGCUGGUGGGACGGAUAAAGGAGGUCGCUGACAGCCUCGGGAAGGGCAGCACACUCCUGUGGUUCACAGGUGACAAUGGCCCCUGGGCUCAGAAGUGUGAGCUGGCGGGACGCCUGGGGCCGUUCGUGGGUGCCUGGCAGAGGCAGCGAGGUGGGAGCUCAGCCAAGCAAACGACCUGGGAAGGAGGGCACAGGGUGCCAGCCCUGGUGUACUGGCCCGGCCGUGUCCCUGCCGGGAGGACGAGCCACGCUCUGCUCAGCAUCCUGGACAUCUUCCCCACGCUGGUGGCCCUGGCUGGGGCAGCGCUGCCCCCGAGCAGGCGCUUCGAUGGCUUGGACGUGUCCCCAGCUCUCUUUGGCUGGUUGGAUGUGGGGCACAAGGUUCUGCUGCACCCCAACAGCGGCGCAGCCGGGAAGGUCGGCGGGAUCGAGGCGCUGCGGCUGGCUCAGUACAAGGCGUUUUACACCACAGGAGGGGCCAUGGCCUGUGAUGGCAGCAUGGGGCCGGCGGAGUGGCACCAACCACCCCUCAUUUUCAACCUGGACCGUGACCUCCAGGAGCAGGAGCCUCUGGAUGUGGCAUCCAGGGAGUACCAGGCAGUGCUGCCUGCCAUCAGCAGGGCUUAUGCCCAAGCUCUGCAGGACAUUGCAGCAGACAAUGUCUCGGUUGCAGAUUAUUCCCAGGAUCCAGCUGCAAUUCCCUGCUGCAACGUGCAGCUCGUGGGCUGCCGGUGCCACGGGGCUCACGGAGCCAUGCAGGAUCCCCACGUGGAAGAGAGAACACCACGGCUUUGUCUUUAAGCAAUAAUUGCUCAGGCUGCUCCUUUCCCAAUUGUGGUGUCUGUGGACUCCAGGCUGGAGGUGGCCAUGGAGAGGGAUGGAGGCUGUGGUUCCCUUUGCUCCACGCUGGGAGGAGGGAGGCGAGUUGGGUAUGGGUCUGGGGGAGCACACAGAGGGUCCCCUUUGGACCCUGGGCAUGUGGAAGGCUUUUUGUGGGGCUCUUUAUCUGGAAAAUAGACAGCUCUUGGAUUAAAACUAACUUCUG